AGAUAAAGUUAAAUUGAAUUUGAACUGUGCAAUAAAAAGAUUGUAAAUAAAUGUUUAUUGCUUUUAAAUAGCGUGUUAUAAAAAAUGCCAACAGAUUUUGAAAUUGAUGAUUUUGGCAAUGAAAAAACAACGUACGAUGUUUUUAAUUGUGAUGAUUUCUUAAAAGAUAAUUUGGAUAUGGAUUAUGUGUACGACGAAGAACUAUUUCAAAAAAUUACCAAUGAGAUUGAAAUACCAUUGUUUGAUUCGGACAACAUUCUCCUGCGAGAUGCAACUCCAAACGAAAUCUGGAGUGAAGCGACUCAAUUCCAAAACCCCAGUGAAACUUAUAAUAAUUUAACAUGUCAUAAUAAUAUACAAUCUACAGUUCCAACGGAAUCUAAUGGAACAGCAACGUACUCAAUAGAAACUUCUAGUACUCAUGAAAAUGAUACAAAUAGUAUAAAUAGUCAUUCACCAACUCCCUCAUUAUCGGGCAGCGAUAGUUGUUCAAUAAAUGAUCCAAACCUUAGCUAUAAUGUAAUUAACUUAGAAACGCCACCAAUAUCACCUCCAAGAAAUACUAACACAAAUCAACCAAUACUAAUCAACAGUAACGGUGAAUUAUAUCGAAUGAUCUCAUUUGAACCAACUACAGACCUCGACAAUACCACGUUUAGUACAAAUACAAUACAUACGCAAUCAAUAAAAAUACCAAUAAAUACAUCAAGACCUAAAACACAAAUGAAAAAUAAUGUCAAGCGUAGUGUUUUAUUUCCAAAAUCAUCUCCAACAACCAAACCGUUAUUGAACAAUACAUCAGCUAAUGAUGUACAAUUAUUUACGACGACACCUGUAAAUCAUCAAUCACCAAUUGUAAUGAAUGUUGAUGGAUCAGAAGUUGAUCCAAGAAUGUUUAAACGUAUGCAACGUAUGAUUAAAAAUCGUGAAUCGGCGUCUAUGUCACGGAAACGUAAAAAAGAUUAUGUGGUAUCUUUGGAGAAACGAUGUGAACAAUUGUCAACUGAAAAUAAAAAGUUACGAAUGGAAAACAAUUCGUUAAAACAAAUAGUCGCUGGAUUCCAAAUGAAUUGUAAAUCAACAGUAUUGAGUUUCAAUAAUAUUUCUAGUAAAAACACCGCCAUCUUAUUGGGAAUGUUAUUAAUGGUUUCUAUUAAUAUUGGUUCUUUCAGGAAUCUACUAUUCAGAGAUAUUUCAAAUGAAGAUUUAACUCCGAAUCCCAGCAUAGAUAUUGAUUUAAACGAUUUUCAUACACGACAUUUAUUGAAUAUAGCGGACAUUCCAAAUCCUAAUGGAUUAGGAUUGGGGCUAACGAAUGAAGAAAAUCCUACUAAAAAUGAUUUAAAGUUACAGAAACCGACAUAUACAAAUACCAGUUGUCCAUUAUCUGUAAAUCAAACAGAAAGUAUACGUUUAGCGUCAGAACUUCGUAAAUUCAUUGGUGAUCCAUUUUACAAUAUUACACAUAUUUAUCAAAGACGUAAUUUAAAAUCACGUUUAAAUUUACGUGACUAUGAGUUCAAACGAAGUAAGAGAUAUGCAAAUGAACAUCAAAUUAAAGCAAAAUUAAAUAAAUUGUAUUCGUUAUCACGAAGAAAUCGUAGAAUCGCAGCUGGUACAGAAGAUAUGCAAAUUUAUUCGUUUGGACCACAUUUAGAUUAUACGCGAUUCUUUGAUCGUAUUAAUUUACGAGAUGAUACUUUUUAUGUGAUAUCGUUACGAGGAGAUCAUAUGCUUAUACCAGCAAUGAAUCACAAUAAAACUUCUAGGCCUAAGAUGUCACUUCUGAUGCCUGCACCAAAUAAUCAAGGCAAACAUAAAAAUGAAUCGUUUUCAACACCAAACAAUCAUAUAACAUUAGUCAAAAUCGAUUGUGAAGUAUUAAAUACGAAUUUAGUACAUGUCAAUCAGAAUUCAAUACCACAACAUCUACGUGCAUCAUUCCAAAAUCAAACACAAACCUACAAUUUGAAUACAUCAACACCAUCUACAACAGCAAAUAUUACAAUAACAAGAAAACCUAAAAGAAAUCGAUUAUAUAAACCGUAUUUUAUUAGAACAACCGAUGAUGAUUUAGAUUUAAAAAGUUUUGGACCAUUCCCUUAACUUCGAAAUGAAUAA